AUGCUGGAGCCGGACAACCCGUUCGUCGAGGACUCGCCCACGCGCUGGGACAACGCCAAAGACGCGCUGCUGAGGCUGUUGGACACUUUCAGCCACACGGACUACAUCAACAUGGUGGACUUCAGCGACAAGGCGGACUCCCUGAUUCCGGGCGGCAUGGUCCAGGCCACCACGGCGAACAUCGAGCGGGUGAAGGAAGCAGUGCGCAGGGUGCGGCCGCUUGGAGGCACAGACUUUCGGAGGGGACUGAACAAGGCGUUCAACCUGCUGACCAAGGCCUCGAAGACUUUGGGCGAGGAAGAUGUGCGAACAUCGAAUUGCCAAAAGGUGGUCAUCUUUCUCACGGAUGGACAAGACUGCGCGACGACAGGACAGAAUUGCUCAAUGGAGACGCCCGAAGGCUUUUCGCCUGUGGAUGCCGUGCUGGAGUUCAUUGACAAGCAGCAGCAACAGCUGGUGGAGGCUGGAAGCGAACGAGCGCACGUGUUUCCCAUUUCGUUCGGACUGGAUGCCGACGACGAGAUUCCCAAAGAAAUCGCGUGCGCGAAUGAGGGCGUGUGGGGAAGAAUUCUAUCCGACGACGACCCUCUUGUGGUGCUCAACGCAUACACCUCUUACCUGGCGUCCAAGCGGCGAGACGCGGGCAUCGUAUGGACCAGGCAGUACGAGGAUGAGUUCGGCCUGGGUAGUGUCGUGACCGCCACCAAGCCCAUAUACAGCUGGCCCACGUCCGCCGGGGAGUUCGGCGCCCUCAUCGGCGUCGUCGCCCACGACGUCCGCAUCGAAGACGCCAGGGCGCUCAUCCCCGAGGGGCAGAGCGUCGUGGACAGGUUGGUCUCGCGGGACGCCGAGUGCGUGGAGGCGGACUUCAGCGGCUGCGAGUUGCAGCUGCUGCGCGGCCGCGCUGCGGAGUGCCCCGAGACCUUCAUGGACAGCAUGUGCUACUACUUCGACAAGACCGACUCCUUCUACAUCGCGCCGCAGUCCCCCCUGCUCGACUUCGCCGAGGCCCAGGUCUACUGCGAGAGCCUGGGCGGCAGCCUGGCGGAGAUCGACGAGCCCGACGAGGAGGACCUGCUGUCGGGACUGGCCCCCAACUCCGGGUCGUGGAUCGGCCUGGUGCGCGACGAGGACUUCGUGUGGCGGUGGCAGAGCACGGGCGAGGAGGUGUCCCCGGCGUCCAAGGUCUGGACGUUCAUGCGGGAGCUGAACGAUGUGGGCAGGGCGUGCGGCAGGCUGGACCGGCGGGGCGUGAGGCACAGCGUGCACCCGGAGGACUGCGACGCGCAGGCGCGGUUCAUCUGCGAGUUCACCGCGGAGGCGGAGCCCCACGUGUGCAGGCGGGAUUCCGACCUCAUCAGAGUGGACAAGGACUACAGGUACAGCGUGCGCCCCCUGUCGACGUGCAAGAUGGAGGACGAGGCAUUCAAGGCCAUUAGAGUUGCGACCCCGGAAGCGUCUUCACUCCCCGAGAAUCGAGUGAUCUGCCCGCUUGGAGAGCCGUCCACUACGGUCGACGUCCAGUGCUGCGAGGGCUGCACGCCGUAG